AUCGGCGCGCGCGCGGCCGCCGUCGCGGAGAGAUGACGUUUCGGUUCGGGACUGUCACUCAGAGCCCGGCCAGGUACUGGCCGAGGGGCCCUCGGGGCCGGUGCCGCCAUGGCGGCCGUGUUUGAUCUGGAUUUGGAGACCGAGGAAGGCAGCGACUGCGAGGGAGAGCCAGAGCUCAGCCCCGCGGACGUGUGUCCCCUUGCCGAGUUGAGGGCAGCUGGCCUGGAGCCUGUGGGGCACUAUGAAGAGGUGGAGCUGACUGAGAGCAGUGUGAACCUCGGCCCGGAGCGCAUCGGGCCCCACUGUUUUGAGCUGCUGCGUGUGCUGGGCAAGGGAGGCUAUGGCAAGGUGUUCCAGGUUCGAAAGGUGCAAGGCACCAACUUGGGCAAAAUAUACGCCAUGAAAGUCCUAAGGAAGGCCAAAAUUGUGCGCAACGCCAAGGACACAGCACACACUCGGGCUGAGCGGAACAUUCUGGAGUCAGUGAAGCACCCCUUUAUUGUGGAACUGGCCUAUGCCUUCCAGACUUGUGGCAAACUCUACCUCAUCCUCGAGUGUCUCAGUGGUGGCGAGCUCUUCACGCAUCUGGAGCGAGAGGGCAUCUUCCUGGAAGAUACGGCCUGCUUCUACCUGGCCGAGAUCACGCUGGCCCUGGGCCAUCUCCACUCCCUGGGCAUCAUCUACCGGGACCUCAAACCCGAGAACAUCAUGCUCAGCAGCCAGGGCCACAUCAAACUGACCGACUUUGGACUCUGCAAGGAGUCGAUCCAUGAGGGCGCUGUCACUCACACCUUCUGCGGCACCAUUGAGUACAUGGCCCCUGAGAUUCUGGUGCGCAGUGGCCACAACCGGGCUGUGGACUGGUGGAGCCUGGGGGCCCUGAUGUACGACAUGCUCACUGGAUCGCCACCCUUUACUGCAGAGAACCGGAAGAAAAUCAUGGAUAAGAUCAUCAAGGGCAAGCUGGCGCUGCCCCCCUACCUCACCCCUGAUGCCCGGGACCUUGUCAAAAAGUUUCUGAAACGGAAUCCCAGCCAGCGGAUUGGGGGUGGCCCAGGGGAUGCUGCUGAUGUGCAGAAGCACCCCUUUUUCCGGCACAUGAAUUGGGACGACCUUCUGGCCCGCUGCGUGGACCCCCCUUUCAGGCCCUGUCUGCAGUCAGAGGAGGAUGUGAGCCAGUUUGAUACCCGCUUCACGCGACAGACGCCGGUGGACAGUCCCGAUGACACGGCCCUUAGCGAGAGUGCUGACCAGGCCUUCCUGGGCUUCACGUAUGUGGCGCCGUCUGUCCUGGACAGCCUCAAGGAGGGCUUUUCCUUCCAGCCCAAGCUGCGCUCACCCAGGCGCCUCAACAGCAGCCCUCGGGCCCCUAUCAGCCCCCUCAAGUUCUCCCCCUUUGAGGGGUUUCGGCCUAGCCCCAGUCUGCCAGAGCCCAUGGAGCCACCUCUACCUCCACUCCUGCCACCGCCGCCGCCGCCACCACCACCACCGCCACCCUCGAUCACCGCCCCUCUCCCCAUCCGUCCCCACCCAGGGACCAAGAAGUCCAAGAGGGGCCGUGGGCGUCCAGGGCACUAAGAGGCUGGGUUGGGGGAGGGCCACCCUCGAAUCCUGUCCCUGCGGCUGUGAGGGCAGCAGGAUCCUGGGCCAGUUCCAGAGACCUGGGGGUGGGUGUGAGUGCCUGUGAGACUGUGUCUGCUGGGGCGGCUGGGCCCCUGAAUCGUGAGCAUGGAGGGCUCCAGGCUACAACUGCUGGGGCCAGGGCCCUGCUGCCCACCGCCCCCGCACUCGGCUGUUCCCGUGGAAGAUUAAAGGGCUGAAUCAUG